GUCCACAUCCAUUCAAAGAUACGAAACGAAUAAUUGAAAAAGCAUUUAAUAAACCAUUUCAUGAGAUUUUUUCGGAAUUUGAUCAGACACCGAUUGGGAUUGGUGCUAUUGCGCAAGUAUAUAAAGCCAAGAUUCAACCUGAUAUACUUCCUAUAGAAUAUUAUCAAGGUGAUUUAAGAACUAUAACCAAAAAACGUUUCAAUGUUCCCACCGGAUUUCCCGUAGUUGCUGUUAAAGUACUGCAUCCAACAGCAGAAAAAGCUAUUCAACGUGAUCUUAAAAUCCUGAUGUUAUUUGCAAAUUUAAUUAAUUCUCUUCCUAAUAUGCAAUGGCUUUCUCUUCCUGAAGAAGUAGCAAAAUUUGGAGAAAUGAUGCGAGAUCAAUUGGAUUUAAGAAUCGAAGCAGGAAAUUUGCAAAAUUUUCAAAAGAAUUUUAAAAAUAAUAAAUUUGUGAAAUUUCCAAUGCCUGUCCUAGAAUAUUCUACCAAAGAUAUGCUAAUUGAAGAAUUUGAGGAAGGAUUAUCUAUUAGAUUAAUUCUUAAACAAGGUGGUGGAGUAUAUGAUCAAACUAUUGCACAUACUGGCAAUAUCAACACCAAAAUGAUGGAUGAUGAACUUUUUAGUACUUAUGAAACUGAAAUUGCUACUAAGCGACUUUUAGAAUGUAGUCAUGAUAAAAAACUCUGGAAUGAUGAGCUUGUAAAGUUGUACGAUGAAGGAUAUCAACCACAAUUAGUUUUUAUAGAUGCUGGAUUAGUAACAAGUUUAAAUGAAGUAAACAGAAAAAAUUUUCUCGAUUUGUUUCAGGCAGUAGCUGAGUUUAAUGGAUUUCGAGCAGGACAGUUAAUGAUAGAACGAUGUAAAACUCCAGAGUUAGUAGUAUCGGGUGAUGUGUUUGCAUUAAAAAUGCAACAUUUGAUAUUGAACGUUAAAUCUCUAACAUUACAAUUGGGAAAAAUACUUAUCUCUGAUAUAUUAAGGACAGUAUUACAAAUGGUCAGGCAUCAUCACGUAAAAUUAGAAGGUGACUUUGUCAAUGUGAUAAUAUCAAUAUUAGUGUUGGAAGGGAUUGGAAGACAAUUAGAUCCGCAAAUGGAUUUAUUAAAACAUGCGUUACCAAUACUGAGAAAAUUUGGUGCACAAGAAGCGGGACGAGGAAUGAGGGAAGGUAUCAAAGAAAUUUCUAGUGAUGCAUGGGUGCUUAAGUUUUGGAUAUGGUUAGAAGCACGAGAAUGGUUAGAUAAUGCAUCAUGGCAAGAAUAUGAACUGUACUAUCAACGACACUUGGGGUGGCCUGAUGUAUAA